GAAUGACAGUUAAAUAAACAGGACAAGUGUGACAAUUGUUCAGUUGUGCAAAAUAAUAUGUAUCGUUGACCCAAUGCGGUUUUGAAAAAUAUUUCAACUUCAGCUAAGUUUUAAGAACGGCCAUCUAAUGAUUUGGACGUCUGCGUUGUGGUUUAUGAUUGCUGUUUUGGCGUAUUCAAAGUCUGUCAGUGAAAUUGAUUCGGAUGACUGGCCAUAUGUUAUUAAAGAUCACGUGGGUAUUAAACUUCAGUCACCCGUGGAUAUAAAUACAAAAUACGCAAACAGGCGAUAUUUGCCAUUUUUACGUUAUUUUGGUUAUUGGGCAUUUAACAGGGCAAUAGUGGAAAUUACUAAUACUGGACAUACAGUUGCUGUUAAACUUGCCAAUAAUUCCGAUGACGUGCCAUUUAUCACCGGGGGGCCAUUAUUCGAUUGUAGGUAUGAGUUCGAACAGAUGCAUUUCCAUUGGGGAAAAAAUGAUAUGGGGAGUGAACACAAAGUCAACGGACACAAAUAUGCUAUGGAAGUUCAUAUUGUACAUUAUAAAAAAGAGUACGGAAGUUUCAAAAACGCCCAAAGUUACAGUGAUGGCGUUUGUGUCGUCGGAUUUUUUGGAGAAAUAUCAUCAAAAGACAAUCGAGAUAUGGAUAAUUUUAUUGCAGAUUUAAAAUAUAUAGUCAAACAAAAAUCGACGAUAGUUAGAAAUUUUAAAGAAGAGUUCUCUUGGAUAAAGAAAACAGCUUUAAAACAACAUUACUACACUUACCAUGGAUCUCUAACAACGAAACCGUUUACAGAAUGUGUAAUCUGGAUCAUUUUUACCAAACCCAUUCGUAUAUCUAGGGGGCAGUUAAUGAAAUUCAGAGAGUUGCAUUCAAGUCAUAACGGAGUUUUAAUAAACGAAAACGAUAGACCUCUUCAACCAUUUAAUAAUAGAACAAUUGUUUAUGGAUAUUAAAAUUGUAAAACGUUAUUUAAUUUAACAUCCUCAUUCAUCAUUAUAAGUACUAGCUACUUGGUACCUAGUUAUUACUUAGUAUUGUCAAUAAUAUUUCUAUCAAAGUUAUUGUUAAAGUACAUUAUUGGAGUUUUGGAUUAUGAAUUAUGAGAUAUUAUCAAAAUUGAAAUAAAUUAUUGUUCGUGUGUAUUGAUA